GGAAAGAAUUUUUAUAGCUCAAAAACAAUAGCAAAUCAAUCUUACAGAAAGAAUAAUUACAAAUUAAAAUAAAACAAAAAAUAAAUAUGGAGGUUACAACUAGGAUUGAAGAAGAAAAUCGUGUUGAAACUGAUGAAAAAAAAGAAGAAUGUUUACCUUCUCUAUCUGAUGUGGGUUCAACUGAUGACGAACUGGAGGGACUUGCAUCAUUUAGUCUUGAAAGAGCUAAAACCGAUAUUUAUGAAUUACAAGGAUGUCAUCAAAUAAUGAUUACAUCAAAAGUCCAAAAACAGCUUGGAGUUGAGGUGGGUAUUAAUGUGAGCGAAGAAUUUCCAUGGAAACGUAUCAAAUUUAGUCUUCUAAAUCAACAUCUUUUCGACGAAAUCGAUAACGGUGAAAAGCUUCAACACUUCUUUGUUAAAUAUAAACCGGAAGAUAAUGUACUUCUUGGCUAUGCGCCUUCACUUGUUGAACAACAAGAAGAAGCCGAUGAUACAGUUGAUGAGGAUUCAUUUGUCAUUUAUGUCACAGAAGCUAGUGCACGUGCAGCGGCAGCAAUAAUUAAAAAUAUUGAAACUUACGAACGCUUUAUGAUGAAUAAGAAGCUGAUUAAGCGCCCAAAAAAAUGGGUAACAAAUGGAAGUGAAUAUGAAGUUGAUUUGGGUAUUCCACUGGAAAAAUCAGAAGUAGCUGAUGUGGAAAUUCAGACUGUCUAUCCAAUGAGACAGUCGAGAGUUAAGUUUGAAAUGCGUUAUACAUCGGAUGUUCGUGAUGGUUACGCAGAGUUAAUUGCAGGAGAAGCUAAAUUCAAGAAUGUAGAACAAUUAACGGUAAAUGUGGGUACUCAAUCAGCACCAGCAACGGUGACAUUGGAACAACAAACCGACCCGACAUUUCCAUCAAAUGCAUGGUCACAAUAUUUGUAUGAAAUUAAAGAAGAACAAGACGGACUUGACGAAUCAUCUGAAGACGAGCAAGAAAAAGGAAAAUCUGCUGCCACUAGUAAAACUGUCACCCCAUCUACAGAGGCCGAGAAAGAAAAAAAGCCUCCACCCGAAGUUUCCGACCAAAUAAAGUAUCUAUUAAGUGUACUGGAAUUUAAUCAAAUCGAUAUGUACAGAAACGAUUAUCCCAAAAUAUCGACAGCUCCGAUUCAAAUAUUCACAAACCCCUACUUAAAAGAGAUAUUUUGCUUUGCUAAUAUUGCCAGGAGCAAUAGACGUUAUGUAACAGCUGUUGAUUGGUAUCCUCAUUUGACAGGAAUAGUAGUUGCCUCUUAUGCUUUCACCACAAAAGUAACACGACAAAAAGUACAACCUAGAAAAAAAGUUGAUGCAGUUCAGAGAGCAAUUCUUCAGCCAAAUCCAAUUCUGAUGUGGAGCUUUACUGACAGUUUAAACUUUAAGUUGGAAUUUGAAGCACCCCGUGAAGUAACUUCUCUAUCAUUUUGUCCAUACGAUCAAAAUAUUCUAAUUGGUGGAACAAUUAAUGGACAAAUAAUCAUUUGGGAUCUUCAAGACCGUACAAGAAAUCUCGAAGAAGAAGAACAUCUUACUGCUGAAGAGGCAAGCAAUAGGGAGCUUAUCAGUGAAUUUCUAUCUUGGACAAUCCAAUAUAACGAGGGUACAUGGGUAUUUCCUGCCGCCAUAAGUGCUCUUGAUGCUUCACAAACAGAUGCUGUAACUGAAAUCAGAUGGCUAAGUCGCAAUCACUAUAUAUCACUAAAUGGCAGAAUACAUGAGAACUAUUCGAAGAAAACUAAAAGUCGAUACUUUUUAACCCUCUCUGUCGAUGGUUCGGCAGCUUAUUGGAAUCUAGAUUAUAAUCCGGGAAAUAUAGCUAGGGCUGCAAGUAAAAAAAACCUACCUCCAGCAUUGACAAAAGAUGAAUCGGUCUUCAAAAUAUUAGAUAAAUACAUAAAACCUGUAUUUGUAGUCACUUAUCCGGAGCCCUUAACGUCAAUUGUUUGCGAUGAAGCUAUCUUCUCACAUACCCCUCAGCUGACAGCUGAAAAUUUUAAUAAAUCUAACGAUGUUGAGGAAAAAAAUUAUCCGGUUAUAGUAGAAGAGGUGGUAGAUCAACCCGUAUUUCGCAACCAGUUUAUUGUUGGAUCAUUUUUUGGACGAAUUGAAAGUUUAACCUUUGAGGGCAGCGAAUCGGGAUCAGAUAGAAAUAGAGAAAACAUAACCUCUCCGGCGUACAGUUUCGCCAGGGUUCAUGACGGGCCUAUUGUUGCUCUGAAGAAAAAUCCUUUCUAUCGGGAAAUAUUUGUAUCAAUUGGAAGAAAUGUUAUGGCCAUAUGGAGACAAGAUUUUCCCUUUACACCGAUUUUGUGGCGUGUCCGACCACACGCAUUAACAGCUGUAGAAUGGAGCACGGACAGACCGGCUGUUUUGUUUCUAACUCGAAAUGAUGGAACCUUUGAAGCUUGGGAUUUAUUAGCUAGGGAUAACAACGCAUGUUUAAAUGAAGUAUUGGGUGGAGGUGUUAUAACAGCUUUAUCUGAGCAUAGAGCUGCUGCCCCAAACAAAGUCAUAAGCAUUGGCGAUUUCAACAGUAGCUUCCGGAUGGUAGCUUUACCUGAGGGUUUUUAUAAGCCCGUUCCUAACGAGUUGCAGCUCCUUCAGAAUUUUGUUGAAAAGGAGAUAUCCCGCAAGAAAUCAAUUCAAAAGUGGCAGCAGAAUUGGUAUAUUCAAAAUGACGAUAUAAUAGAAGAAAGAAAAAGGUCAAAAGCUGCUGCUGAAAAAGAUCUAGAACGUUUGCGUUUGGAGGCUGAAGAAGCCAAAAAAAAGACACAAACUCCUGAAAACAAGAAAGAAACUUUGGUUACAACAUCUCCUAAUCACUAUGAUUUCGAAGAAAAACUUGACAAGAAAUGGGAUGAAUUGAAUCUUAAACGUCUAAUACGCAAUUUAAUGGCUCGCAAAAGGAUGGACCCAGAGAAACUUGAGCGUGAAACAGCUCUGGAAAAAGACCAUCUUCGGUAUGAAGAACGAAAGAAGGCAUCUAUCAACGAAGCCAUAGCCAAAGUAAGUGAAGAAAUAGCUGCUAUUCGCGCAAGACUUCUUCCAGUCGAAAAAGAAGACGUCCAACUCUCUGAUACUAUUGCAGCUUCUGUAAAAACUAUUUUUAAAGUUGCACCAAGUUAUAGUGAUGUAGAAAUGGACGCGAAAACUUUCCUUGAUAUAUGUCCUCCUAUUCCAACAAUACCAUAUGAUACGAUUAUGUCCCGGUGUGAUGAUCGGCGUGAGUUGUUGAACAAGGUCUUAGGUUUGCCAUAUCAACGUACUCUUCAUUGUGUAAAAGAAAAAGCUUCAGGUGGUUAUAAGGAUUGGGAUUAUGGCUAUGAUGAAUUCUUUCGAACUCUUGAAGAAACCAAGAGGACAAGUUAUACAAAUUCCAGUCCAGAGCCUUCUACUGUAACCCAAAUUUCUUACAGUGAUCUGGACUUGGUUCCUUCAAAGGAUUUGGAAGUACCAUAAUAAUUUUAUUUGUUGCCAUUAUCAUCAGAUCUAAUAAAUUAUUAUGAGUA